UCCCCUCCAAGGCAAUCACUCUGAUCUGACCUGAAAGAGACAUCCCUCGAACAUUUCUACGCCUGCUAAUGGUUCUGUUGCUAUUUAAUUAUUCAUUCAAUUGUCUGUUUGUUUAUUCAGUUCGCCUUGGUUUGAAGUGGCUGCGGUAUCUACAAGGUGGACUGUCUCUGGCCUUUAUAUAAAUAUUGCUUUCAUCUAUGUGGGUUUAUGUAUUUUGACCUCGUGCGCUUCUUCGUGGUGCGGCCAAUACUCAAUUCUGACGGGUGGGUUUCUGAGCAAUGGCUUCGACGCUGUUAUUGGCGGUGGUGUUCGUGUUUGAUCUCAUUGCUUUUGCUCUUGCUGUUGCUGCUGAGCAGAGGAGAAGUACUUUCACAAUAGUCAGCGAGGGAAAUCAAAACUUCUGUCAUUAUGAUUCUAAUAUUGCAACUGGCCUAGGUGUGGGAUCCUUUAUAAUUCUAGUAGCCAGUCAAGCGAUUAUAAUGGUGGUCACUAGAUGCUUGUGCUGUGGUCAGGCCAUGAGUCCUAGCAGCAACAGAUCAUGGGCAAUUUGCUUGUUCAUCACCAGCUGGGUGACAUUCAUUGUUGCCGCAUCAUGCUUGCUGGCUGGUUCUGCGAGGAACGCCUACCAUACAAAGGAUGGGACUGCCAUGCCUGCCAGCCCUUCAUGUGUGACAUUGAGGAAGGGUGUGUUUGGAGCUGGAGCUGCCUUCAUUGUGUUCACAGGGAUAGCCUCCGAACUCUAUUAUGUUCAUUAUUCAAAGGCUAAUUCUGGUCCACCUCCCUAUGCUAGGGACUCUGGUGUGACGCUGGCUAAUAUGUAGCUCAGAAUCAUUAGGAGGGGCUAGUGUCAGUAAGGUUGACUGCUUCGUAUGUGAAAACCUAUUGUCUGUGCAAAUUUAGUCAUGGAUUUUGAUUCGUCAAAAAGGAUUUUCAUUUGUUUAA